ACACCCCCCAUCAAUGCCUUAAAAGUCUCUCUCUCUCUCUCCCCCUUUAAGUGUUCAUAAUCCGUAGAUUCUUGAAAACCUUAAUUGUAGUUAUCAAAAAGAGUAGAAAUAGCUGAAGAAAUCAUGGGGGUUUCUAAAGGGGUUUUCUCGAUUCUUUAUCUUAACUUGUUUUUCUUUAAUCCCAGUUCCUCAAGCUUAAUAUUGAGUUCAAAAGAGCUGUCUGAGAUUCCGAUAAAUUUCCUCAAAUUUGCCAAGAAAUCUGAGGUAUUUGAUUGGAUGGUGGGCGUUAGGAGAAGGUUACAUGAGAAUCCUGAACUAGGCUAUGAAGAAUUUGAGACUAGUAAACUUAUCAGAGAAGAAUUGGAUAAGAUGGGGAUUUCUUAUAAAUACCCAGUUGCCGUUACUGGUGUAAUUGGCUCCAUUGGUUCAGGGAAGCCUCCCUUUGUUGCCAUAAGGGCAGAUAUGGAUGCUCUUCCCCUACAGGAAAAGGUGGAGUGGGAUCACAAGAGUAAGAAUCCUGGAAAGAUGCAUGCUUGUGGGCACGAUGCACAUGUUGCAAUGCUUCUUGGUGCUGCAAAGAUUCUUCAAGAGAAUCGCGAACUUAUUAAGGUUCGUGUCUUCAGCAUAUUAUCAUUCUGGUCUGUCGCUAUUAGUUGCUUUUGCAUGGUUCUCGGAAAUUAUUGUGUAACAAUAUUGAUUGAAUUGUUUAGUAAAAGAAAUUGAUCUCUGUGUGUGGGGGUGUGGUGAUGUUUUCAAUUUCCAGAAGGGGGUUUAGAAUAGGAUAUUAUAAAGUAUGCUAAAUUAAGAGGAUGUUUCAAAUUUUAAUCAUUUUGCUAAAGUAGGAGCUGGAAAUUCUUGUUGAGUUAACUUAUUUAAAAGCUUAAGUUGUUGGAUGGGAUGGAUUUACUUUUCAAUGAUUGUUGUUCAAAUCAUGUAAUAAUGAACCCAAUGGAGGGAACCUAGGCUUUGUUUAUGUAUGCAUGCCAUUUUUUUUCUUCAAGGGCUUGACCGGUGAAAUUUCAUUAUUGGACAGUGAUAAGAUUUUCAUUAAAGCCUGGAUUCAUAUUGGAACUAAAUGCAUUGCAGUUGAAAGAUGCAUUGAGGAUCUUCCACCGAUCUGGUAUUUUUAUGUUAGAGAAAGAAAGGGCAAGGUGUUUAGAUGAAUAUCAAUUUGAUUUGUUGUGGUGUGUUUGAUGAGGAUGAACUCAUGAGACUUCGAUAACAUGGGAAGCCUUUUCCGAAACUGGAAUCUGAUAAUACAACAAUAUCAUUUUUAAUGAGGUUUACAUUUAUUUGAACAAGGUGUAGGAAAAUAAAUACUCAUAGCAAAUAAAUAAUAGAUUAAGAGAAGGAUGGGUCUAGAGCGUGAUAUGAUUACUACUGUAACCUUUAGGAAACUACGAAAAAGUGUAAAGUUCAUUUGAUGGCUACUAGAAUGAGUUGAGAACAUUUCUGAUGGUAAAGAAUAGAUAACUAUUCAGUUCUUAGACUUGGUAAAAUUUGGAAAAUG